UAUAAUAAUAUAUAACUAAUAAUGCUAAGUUAAAGUUAAAACCUAACUCUACGCGUUCAUCAACUUAAUUUAAGUGUUAAAAUAGUUCUAAAGUGUCUUUUAAAUUGCCAAAAAGCCAAAAAUUCUACAGGCGUCUGCACAACAAUUCACAGAGUUCUUGCUGUUGUUGUUGUUGUUCUUUUGGGUUGCAGUAAAUUAAAGUACAUGGUCGCUAUUGAUUUGGAAUUGGCUUGAGAACGUAAACGCAAACGUUUUUUGGCCUAUACCUCAACUGCAUGCGAAUUGAGAAUACGAAAAUAAAUACAAACGCUGUGGAUCAGCAAAGGCGUCGAGUGAAAAGAGGAGAAAUACGUAGCUGCAACAGCAACAGCAACAGUAACAGCAACAGGAGAAAGAAUUUCAGACUGCAAUGCAGCAUCAUGUGCAUGCCGCAAGACCAGCACCGCAUAUGCGUGGAGCACAUCAUCAUGGCCAUAUGCCGCUAACGCAUCCACACGCUGGCAUGGAUCCACAUCUGGGCUCGCUGACAGCUUCGCUCGUUGGGGAUCAACCACAGGCACAGCCACCGCCGCAACUCGAUGCUCAUCAUGGACGUCUCAAUCAUCAUCAUCAGCAGCAUCUUCUCGCACAGCCACAGGGACCGCCGCCGCCGCCGCCACCGAAUGCCGCGUAUCACAAUAACAACAGCAAUCAAAUGCAAAAGAUACGCCAACAACAUCAGAACCUCAACCUCAACCUCAACCACAGCAACAGUCACAGUCACAUAGCAAAACACAACCAAACUGCGCAGCCGUACAACCAUGCGGCUGCCCUAGCCUACGGCCAAUUACCGCCGCAUCACAUGGCAGCCCAUCUAGGCGGCUAUGCAGCACAGCAUCCGCCGCCACAGAACGUCUUGGGCAAGAACUCGCACUAUUAUCUAAACAAGCAUCACAAAUACAACAACAACAAUAACAAUAACAACAACUACGCACAUGUGCCCAAAGCAAUAAUGCACAACACAUAUCGCCAGGCCAAGAGCAAUAGUCAAGCAACAGCAGUAGCAACAGCAACAGCAGCAGGCACAACAUCAGCAGCAGCAACAACAACAUCAGCAGCAGCACCAGCCGUGGAGCCUGUCACUGCUGCUGAGGACAACAGUGAGCCAGCAGCAAAUACAGAAACAACUGAUAAUAGUGAAGAGCACUUGCCCAUCAAUGCAGUAGAAAGCGAAGAUUGCAGCAGCAGCGUAGAAAAUAUUGAUACUGCUGUCACGCUGCCCAAUGUGGACAGCAGCGCUGGUUCGCGCAGCUCCAAGGACAAGACGCCCAUGUGUCUGGUCAAUGAGCUGGCGCGUUUUAAUAAGAUCACACAUCAAUAUCGCUUGACGGGCGAGCGUGGACCAGCGCACUGCAAAACGUUUACAGUCACCUUAAAACUGGGCGAGGAGGAGUACUCUGCAGAUGGUUUUAAGAUCAAGAAGGCACAGCAUAUGGCUGCCUCCAAGGCAAUUGAGGAGACCAAGUAUAAGCAUCCGCCGCCCAAAAUACGCCGCAAUGAGGAAACCAGCACAACGCGCACGCACAUUACGCCGACGGUGGAGCUGAAUGCAUUGGCCAUGAAGCUGGGCCAACGUACUUACUAUCUGCUGGACCCGUCGCAAUUGCCACCGCCAGAUCCAAUGAUGCUGCCAGACUAUGGUGCACCCUUGUUGGCGACGCCAGCGUCUGGAGUGCCGCCACCACAGCAGGCAUCAUCAUAUGCAAUGCGUCGCAAUGCCGCCGCUGCUGCUGGUGCUUAUGUUAUAUCUGCACCACCGCAUAUACAUGGCCAUCCGCAUCCGCAUCCACAGCUGGCGUUGCAGCCACAGCGCGGCAUUUAUGGCCAUCAGCGCGGCUAUGGGCCGCGUCAAUCGCGCUAUGCGCUGCCGCCUGCGCUCGGCGGACCGCAUAUGAUGGCCGGACCACAUAAUCCAUAUGCGGCGCCUGUGCCCGCAACGCCCAGCAAGAUUACGCUGUUCGUGGGCAAGCAGAAAUUCGUGGGCAUUGGACGCACGCUGCAGCAGGCCAAGCAUGAUGCAGCGGCUCGUGCGCUGCAAGUGCUCAAAACACAGGCGAGCAGCGCUAGUGAGGAGGCGCUGGAUGAGAUGGAUGAUGAGGAGAGUGAUAAGAAGUCGCCCAUUUCGCAGGUGCAUGAGAUUGGCAUUCGACGCAGCAUGACCGUGUCCUUUAAGGUGCUGCGCGAGGACGGUCCAGCGCAUAUGAAGAACUUCAUAACCGCCUGCAUAGUGGGGCCCAUUGUGACCGAGGGCGAGGGCAAUGGCAAGAAGCUGUCGAAGAAGCGUGCCGCUGAGAAAAUGCUGGCUGAGCUGCAUAAGCUGCCACCGCUGACGCCCACGAAACAAACGCCCAUGAAGCGCCCCAUCAAGCCAAUCAGGACGCCGGGCAAAAUCAGCACAGGAACUAACCUCACAGUAGCGCUGCCGGCAUUGGUGAAGCCAGAGCGACGUAACAGGCGUGGCGAGAAAGUUGUAAAGGAGAAAGCUGUAGCCGAACCGCUUGAUGAUGCUGAGAAUCCCAUCACCAAGCUCAUACAACUGCAGCAGACGCGCAAGGAGAAGGAGCCCAUAUUCGAGACGAUUGCCAAGAACGGCAGCGAAACGUCCAGGCGGCGUGAAUUUCUCAUUGAAGUCAGUGCCAAUGGGUACACAGCACGCGGUGCGGGCAGCAGCAAAAAAGUGGCCAAGCGCAAUGCAGCCCAGUUACUUUUGGAGCAACUGGAAGCUAUUGAACCAAAAAGCAAGGAACAGAAGGCAACAACCUCAGCGGAAGCCAAGUCAACAGAUGAGUCAGCUGGAGCUGGUGAGCUGGAUGUGCCCAUGGUUACAACGCCGGGAGGUCUAGUGCCGGGCAUUUUGAUAUUGCGUCAAAACAAGAAACCCAACAAGAAAAAGGAUAUUGUCAUUAAGCCUAAUACAGAGGCAGCGCAAGAGAAAGACGCCAACACUAAUGGAAAAGAGGACAGCAAAGAAUCGAAAGCAACUGAAGCAGCCGCUUCCAGUGAGAGCAACUUGAACACAUCCACAGGCAGCAAUACCAGCGGCGUUAGCAGCAACAGCAGCAAUGCAACUGCCGGCAACAGCAACAGCGGCGGCGGCGGCAACGAGGGUAAUAGCAGCGGUGGCGUAGCCAUGAAGGAACAGCUCUUAUAUCUCAGCAAAUUGAUGGACUUUGAGGUCAACUUUUCGGACUAUCCCAAGGGCAAUCACAAUGAGUUUCUGACAAUUGUUACGGUAACCACAACUCCGCCGCAAAUUUGUCAUGGCGUUGGCAAAAGCUGCGAGGAAUCGCAAAAUGAGGCCGCUCGCAAUGCGCUCAAGAUUCUCAGCGCACUGGGAUUGAACAAUUGAAGAAACUAAGCCAAAAGCCAAACUAAACUAAACUAAACUAACUGCAAUUAUUAAAUUAUCAUUUUUUUUGUUUCCAAAAGAGUCAAAACGCAAGCAAAAGAAACGAGAAAAGCAAACCACCCGUCCACAAAUCAAACCUUAAAACGCUCAUGUUCAAAAAGAAAGAAGCAGUGUGCAACAUUUUGAAGUAUGCAAACGCAAAAGUAAAACUAAAUCGAUUAAGAAUAACAAUGCAAGAAACAAUGCCAGUACUUUUUGAAAUAGCAAAUUCUUAGUUAAUAUCUAUUUAUUUAUUUAUGUGCCAGUGUGCAUAAAGCUGUGCAGCUUGUGCAAACUGCUGUUAUUAUUUUUAUUUAUUUAUUGUUGAAAAUUGAUGAACGAAUCGAUAAUGUUAUAAAAGAAAAAGAAAAGAAAAGCAAGGCAAGCAAAGAAACAAUAACUAAAUAUACACAUUUAACAAUUAAGAUUGAAAGCGCAUUAGCCACUUGAAUUGAAUUGAUGAACAAAAAUAUGAGAUUGUAAACGAAAAUUAUUGCAUAUAUAUAUUUAUUAGCUGCAUGCGAGAUGCGGCUGUCAACAGCUUAGGCAGAGCUUUCAAAAAAUAAAUAGAAAAUUUGUUGCAUUUUCUUCAGAUGUGCACAAAGAGAGACGCCCAGAGAGAUCGAGCCUAGAGAGAUGAGCCUAGUAAGCCAGCGAGUGAGAGUGAGAGUGAUUGUGAAAUUUUUGAUUUAUUUUUUCAAAGCCAACUAAAGCCAAACAAGCGCACACCAACUUAGCUUCUGCUUGUGGUACAUAAUGUCAGAUGAAACUCGUCGAAUAAUGAAACUAUACAUAUAAUAUUAAUAUUAUAAUCACUAGUUAAUAUAAGCCUAAGUACUUACAACUAUGCCAGACGUGUCUGUGCCGCCUAACAAAUUUCAAACUCAGCGCUCAGUUCAGUGUUUGAAGUUUGUUGAACCAAACAGCCGGCAACAGCUUAUGGCAAUUUGCUUGGAUUGCUAUAAAUUGUGUGCAAGGCAUUGGGUGAGAGCGCUGCACUUGGUAUAGCGUAAGCAGAAAUACAAUUUUCAUAAUCGUUGUAAUUAAUAUUAAUUGUUUAAAAUCCAUUUUGUAAAUGCUCAGCUUUUGCUAACAGCUACGGCCAAAAGCUGAGCAUCUUUAUGAAUAUUGUGUUGUUUAAAUUAAUACCCAGUUUGUUUAUUCCUAUGCGUUUUGUUUUUAUACACACACACACACAUACACACACAAUGUUUAUUAUGUUACGUUUGAAACGAAAUUCCCAUUAUAUAUGUUUGUACAAUAGUUUUUAAACGUUCUUUGCUCACAAUUAAACAGCACAGGUUAAGCGUUAAGUUGCAUUAUGUGAAAUUGUAUUUUGUCGCAGCUACAAAUGUUGUUGCAACAAUGUGCAUGAUUACUUUGGAUACCAAUCUAUCAACUAUAAAACCUACUUAGCAUGUAAGGCAAAUUGUAAACACUUUUAAUAACACAUCCAGUAUUAAAAAUAUAACAAUUAUAUAAAUAAACAAUUAAAUCAAAUCGUGCACAUUGUUUGCACGCCUCAAAGCUAUACUAACUAACUGAACAAACACACACACACACACAAACACACUACUACACAUUAAAGAAAAAAAUCUUCAUUUUGUUCGAAGAUUUUGCAAAAGCAUUAAUUUAUUUAAUAAAACACGCAGCAACAUAUUGUAAGCACUUUUGCAAAAUCUUCACAAAAUUAAUAAUAAUAAUAAUAUACAUGUUUCAUAAACAAGGAAACAAACUAAACACUGUUCUUAAACAGCAAAAGCAAGAGCAAACUGAAACAUUUAUUAGAUCUUAAGCCAGCCCACGAAAAAGAGUAAAAAAAAAAUGAAAAAAAAAACAAGUGUUAGUCUUAAAACUAAAUGUCUAUGUACUGUUUUUUGUGCUAUUUCAUACUACAACUACAAGAACUAUACGACCAUGUAAACUGUAAUACUUGUAAUAAAUUAUACAAAUAAAGUGGAAUCCAACGUGUCGUUUCAUUUCGC